UUUUAUUCUCUUUGCCUUUUUAUUUUUCAAAACCAACAUGACACUCUACUAUGCUAUUGUCUUUCUCAUCCUUGCGGUAGAGGUCUUUACCUUUUUCCUGCUUAUGAUCCCCUUCCCUACUCAAUGGAAGAAGGCAGUAUAUCGAUGGAUGAAGACAUCCCCCAUGGUUGCCCAUGCACGUUACAUUCUAAGAAUUGUCUUUGGGUUCAUUUUUGUUUUAUUCCUUGAUGCCAUUAACCGCUUAAAGACCAUCAAUGAAGCCGUUCAAACUGAAGAUGACGCAGGCUCUCCCUUAGCGACCCACGAUAUUCGUGCAGAGGCUGGAUUGGCGGCCAAGAAAUUCUAUGCUCAACGAAAUAUGUAUCUUACUGGUUUUACGUUACUGUUAUUGCUUAUUCUUAAUCAUACACGUGACUUGAUUGUGGACAAUAUGCGCUUGGAUGAUGAAAUCUAUCGUCUUCGUCUUGUGCAUGAGGGUAAAAUGACGGAAGAGGAAGCCGAAAAGGAAGCUUUCGAUCCUCCAGUGCAAAAACGCGUAAUUCGCAGCACCCCCGCCGAUGAAAAGAAACAAGUCUAAUAAGUUAUUGGGUACAUCGAUUUUUUCAGCGUUCAAGUAAAACUAUCACAUCAUGUAAUAAAAGCUCAAAUAUCAUGACAACGAAAAAUACCCCCAAAAAC